UGCUGCCUUUAAUGGAUACGUUUAGGCUCCAGGCACUUCGAGGGUACAGGACACAAGUCUCACUGACUUCAGCCCGAAGCACUGAGUGCGAGGAGAAGGGAUCCUAAGAAGUGUUCAAUCUGUUGCUCGGGGGAACAUCGGACAUGUCUCACAGACCGCGACCGCUGACCUCCUUCCUCAUAGAAGACAUUCUUUCUACGGAUGAAAGUUCACGUUUAAACGGGUCUACGCUUUGGACACAGAAGACAGACACGGGUCCACAGUGGGACAAAUAUCCCGGAGAAGUCUCCAAGCAACACUUUCAGCAGUCCUACCUCGGAGUGCGCAAAGACGCGCAAUGUCCAGAGUCCGACGACCUCGAGGAGGACAGCCGCUUCACCGCCGCGGGAAAACAGAAGCGCUCCCGCGCGGCGUUUUCGCAUCUACAAGUCCUUGAACUUGAGAAGAAAUUCAACCACCAGAAAUACCUUUCAGCCCCGGAGAGGGCUCACCUGGCCACAUGCCUGAGACUCACCGAGACCCAGGUGAAGAUCUGGUUCCAGAACCGGAGAUACAAGACUAAGAGGAAGCAGACCAAAGACUUCCAGCAGCCGGAGAGCUGCGGGGUGGAGGAGCAGGAUAUCCUCCGCUCCUCCGUGCUCAGCUCCUUCUACCGGUCCUGUCUGUACCGACCUCUCCUCGGGGAGCUGGGCGGGCUGUGGGGGCCACCGUUCUGGUGAUGAUGGAAACAUGCCCAGCACAGUCGUGAGCGCACUUAACGCAUACUUUCGGAUAUUGUGCGAUAAAAAAACUUUUGAUUGUUUUUAAGAACACCUCUAUUUCGAUUUUUUUUUUUACAUGAUUUUAUUAAAAUCGAUAGGAGAGAGGAAACGCUCUUUAUCAAGAAUGCAUAUUAACAUAAUCUGAACUUAAUAACGAACAUUGGCUACUUUCAGUGGUUCAUCUCGGGUCCUCCUGAUAUACCAUGGAUACGGUACAGAGGGGUCGGGGGUAAAGCAUGUGUUACAGUUCACCAGCAUUUGUAAUAUCAUUUUAUUUUAUUUUUUUAUCUUUUUAUUGGAUUAUGCUUCUCCUUUUCCUUCGACCGUUUGUCUCCAGUCUCCAUAAUUGUUCAAUUAAUAUUGCGCCAUAUUUCUAUUUAUGGCAUGGGAGCUGUUACAAUGGCCUUAUUUUAUAACUGUUAUAACUGCGGGAAUUGAAAAUGUCUAAUAAAAAUGAGAAGAGAGA